ACAUUCGCUCCGCCGUACAUGUAUACUGUCAUAUGAAUGCAGGAUAUAUUACACGUGUGCUCUUCAAUGAAUGUUCAAUAAGUACUAUUCAGCACUUGACACUUGAAUGUUAAACUUCCUGAUAUGUUUCUUUCCGUCUGAUAUAUGUGAUGAUGUUGCAGACAAGAUAUAAAAGUGAAACUGAACCAGUUGAGGAGACGUGGACAGACUGUGUCUACACAGCAAAUCGAAAGUACGUUCUUUGUACACAUAGUGAUAAUUAAUCAAGGAAAAUGCAUCGGUUCUGGGCAGCACUAACGGCACUGUGUGCAUUCCUCGUGUACUAUACAUUUAUACGAAAAGAUGUCGAUCUCCAAAUACCGCUUAACAAAACUUAUGACUACAUAAUAGUUGGUGCAGGUUCGGCGGGUUGUGUUCUUGCCAACAGACUCUCUGAGGAUCCACGAUUUUCGGUACUUCUCGUAGAGGCUGGAGGAUCUGAAGAGGAUAAUUUUGUAAUCCGUGUGCCGUUUGGGGCCCCAGACCUUCUGAACACUGACGUCGACUGGGCCUUCAAAACCGUCCCACAAAAGAAUGCUUGCCUGGCGAUGAAAGACAAGAGAUGUGCAUGGCCCCGAGGACGAGUCUUGGGUGGAUCAAGCUCCAUCAACAACAUGAAUUACGUCCGGGGGAGUCGCUUUGAUUAUGAUCAGUGGGCUAAAGAAGGCUGCGAUGGUUGGAGUUAUAGAGAUGUUCUGCCAUAUUUCAUUAAAUCUGAGGACAAUCAGAUACCACACUUACAAAGCUCAGGUGAUUGUUUAUGUUAUUACGCUGAAAAUUCUAAGACCGUACCAAAUCAAAUUCACAGAGAUGAUGAACUAUUUUUUAUUAUUUUUUUGUCUGUUAUAUGCCGUGAUGUAGCUUAUCAUGGAAAAGGGGGUCUCCUAACUGUGAGUGACGGGACGGCCACGCCCCUAAAUGACGUGUAUAGACGAGCGAUGGAGGAGUUAGGAUUUCCGGUGGUAGACUGUAACGGAAAAACACAGACAGGAUAUUGUCCAACACAAGAAACUGUUAAGGAUGGAGAGAAAUGGAGUACAGCCAAAGCCUUUCUCAGACCGGUCAUGCAUCGUCCGAAUCUUCAUGUUCUAACAAAAUCGUUUGUUACCAAGAUUCUUAUAGAUGAUAGGAAAGCUUCAGGUAUUUCCUUGAUAAAAGACAUUAUGAAACAUAAUAUAUCGGCCAGGAAGGAAGUGAUUCUUUCAGCAGGGUCUAUCAACAGUCCUCAGAUCCUAAUGUUGUCUGGCAUUGGACCGAAAGAUCAUCUAACAAAUUUAGGGAUUCCACUGGUGUCCGACUUGCCUGUUGGAGAAAACUUGCAAGAUCAUAUCAUGACCGUCUUGUUUUUCAAUGACAACUCAACUAGUGGUGGAAGCACGGCGCCAUCCUUGAGCACAAUAUUGAAAUAUCUUGCUUACAGAUCAGGUACACUGAGUCAGCCACAUGGAGAAGCCAGUGUUUUCUUGACAGAUGACGAAAAUACAUCUGCUUCCACACAGUUCACGUUUUACAGUGUCAGUGUACACCCCAGUUUUGCCGACAAAUUAGUUAAAUCUCUAAACAUUGAUUCAAAGAAUAAAGAGGGCAUCCAGAGAAGAUUUGAAAAUAGUUUCAAUAAAGGUAUAGGAACAUUUUUCGCAGAAAAUGUGCUUCUGAAACCCAAAAGUAGAGGAACCAUUCGUCUUCAGAGCAACGAUCCUUUUGCUUCACCGCUAAUAGAUCCAAACUAUUUGGAUCACCCCGAUGAUAUAAAGACUUUAGUGAAAGGAUUAGAUCUGUAUAUGAAGGUAGCUAACACUACAGCAUUUCGAUCUGUCGGUGCCUCACCUAUGGAUCCGUAUGAAGAAUACCUCCCACCUUGUAACAGUCUUCCAUACCCAUCAGACGAGUACUGGAUCUGUCGAAUCAAACAUUAUACGUACACCGUGUAUCAUCCAACAUCCACGUGUAGGAUGGGGGCACCUGACGACCCCACAGCUGUUGUUGAUCCACUACUCAGGGUGAAAGGAAUAGAAAAUCUUCGAGUAGUAGACGCUUCAGUCAUGCGCAAUGUGCCAUCAGGAAAUACAAACGCCCCAACGAUAAUGGUAGCGGAGAAAGCAGCCGACAUUAUAACUGGAAGCGAUAGCGUAAAACAUAUCCGGAAAAUUACUGAUACUUUAUGAAAGCAGUGCAGAUAUGCUUAUAAGUAAGUAACCUAGGCAGACUUUGAUUGACAGCAGUCGACUUUUUGGGUUUCUUAUGCAGUACCCGGUUGAUAUGCACACAUUAGUCUGCCCUAUUUUGUUUACUGUGUAUACAAUGUCAGUUAGAAUCUGUAUCCGGAGCCCGGCCGUGCCAAGUGGUUUUAUUCUCAAUACGUCUGGCCGCAGUAACAUAGGUAGUGACUGUAUCAGGCGCCCACAUUGGAAAGGAAUGUUGCAGGCCUUAACGAUGAGACAUUAAAUACCGAUAGGUGAUACAUUGUAGCAGAUAAAAAAAACCUUCACAUACCGAGGUCCCGUGUCACGAUAGGUGAUGACAGUUACCGAGGUCUUGUGUCAAGAUAGGUGAUGGCAAAUACCGACGUCCCGUGUUACGAUAUGUGAUGUCAGUUACCGAGGUCCCGGGUAAUGAUAGGUGAUAGCAGAUACCGAGAUCCCAUGUCACGAUAGGUGAUGGUAGUUACCGAGGCCCCAUAUCACGAUAGGUGAUGACAGUUACCGAGGUCCCAUGUCACGAUAGGUGAUGGCAGAUAUCGACGUCCCGUGUAAUGAUAGGUGAUUGCAGUUACUGAGGUCCCGUGUAACGAUAGGUGAUAGCAGAUGCCGAUAUCCCAUAUCACGAUAGGUGAUGGCAGAUACCGAGGUCCAUGUUACGAUAGGUGAUGGCAGAUACCGACGUCCCGUGUAAUGAUAGGUGAUGCCAGUUACCGAGGUCCCGUGUUGCGAUAGGUGAUAGCAGAUGCCGAGGUCUCAUGUCACUAUAGGUGAUGUCAGAUAAAGAACUCCCUCCUGUCGUGUUGAGCAUCACGCAUAGGUCAUUAUAGUAUUGUACAACAAAUGUUGUCCGGCCAAUAAAGACACUUGAGAAGCUCGUAUGUCAAAAGUUUGAUUACUGUUUAGAUACAGUUGAACUUUUUGUCCAAGGUAUAACUUUUUAGGUCACCUGAGUAAACUCAGGUGACCUAUUGCAAUUGGUUUUUGUCCGUCGUCGUGCGUUAACAAUUGAACAUUUUUAACUUCUUGAUAACUACCAAUCCAAUUCUUUUCAUAUUUGGCAGGAAGUAUCUUUGGGAUAAGGGCGACAUAAAUUGUAAAUUUCAGGACUUCUGUACCCUUGUGAUCCUAGGGGCGGGAAAGGAAUAGGGGUUUUGGUAAUAGGUUGGGGCCAAAAUGGUCAGUUAUUAGAUGUGUGAACAAUGGAAAUGUUUAACUUCUUCUUGAUAAAUAUCAUUCAAAUUCUUUUCAAAUUUGGUAUAAAGCAUCUUUGGAACAAUUUGAACAUCAAUCGUAAAUUUCAGGAUUCCUGCACCCCUGAGGCCUUAGGGGCGGGCCAAAAACUGUCCAAAAUUGACCAAUUAACCUCAAUGCAUAGUGAUGUAAAGCAGGAAGGCAUCUACCAAAAUUGUAAAUUUCUUGAUCCCCGGAGUACGGGUUCUGACCCCAGAGUAAGGCCAAAUUUAGUAUAUAGUGUGUAUGUGUAAAACACUUAAAUAACAUCUUUAGUGCUAUUGAUACUAGAUUGAAACUAAAGGAUAUUUAGAAAGAGCAGGUAGUCCUUUACCAAAAUUGUAAAUUUGAUGUUCCCCAGGGUGGGGCCAAACUUAGUACAUAUUAUUAUGUAUGUGUAAGUUUGCUAAUACUGUAUAAAAUCUAAAUGCAUACGUAGGAAUAGCAGAAAAGGAUGUACAAAAAAUUAUGAAUUUCACAACCCAAGGUUUUGACUAUAGGAUGGGUCCAAAUUAGUGACAUAUUUUAAUGUUAAUACACCUGUUAUAUUAUGUAAAACCUUUCAUCAGUGCAUGUACUUUUGAGGGCAUUGAAGUUUUGAGAAAACAUCUUGUUUUAUACUGUUGCUGAACAUUAGAAUUUAGCUUAGAUAUUCAGAACAGGAAAGCUUUUUUAGAUUUCAUAGACCUUGGGCACCUUUUCACUAGUACUCAGGUGACUGAUAAGGCCUGUGGGCCUCUUGUUAAUGGGAAAACGUUGAAGGAUCAUACUUCACUCAGAGGUUAGCAAUUUAUGUACAUUUGUAGUUUUGAAUAGAUGGUAUGUCGUCACCCUGAAUCGAAAUGAUUUUGCAAAUGUCGAUGUUACUGAGAGAAAUGGUUAUGUAUGUAUGCAAUAUUUUGAACAAGAUCUGGGAAUAUCCAUCUAGUUUUGACAACUUUGGUUUAUGUUUUAUAAGACAAGCGUCCUUUGGAUUUUAAAAUUCCAUUAUCAUACGAUACUUGGGACCCACAAAUCCAACAUAUCUAUUCCUUCAAUUUAUCUAAUAACUACAAGAUGUUUACUGACAAUGGAACAAAAUUCGCUUUUAUAUACAUCCAUGUUACAUGUACAAUUAAUUAAAAAAUCACAACGAUGAUAAGGCCUCAUAAACAAUCGACAGAGAAUUCCGAGACCAAGUGAAGCCUUAUUCGGCAUUGUUCAGUCCUGCUCCACUUAAUAACAAACGGGUACAUCAGGUCAUGUGAUACAAACUUAAAUCGUCAAGACCUGAUUUUAUGGAAUGGUUGACGAUGACGUACAACCGCGCACAUUCAGCGAGCUUCUUCGGCAAUGGCUAUCUAAAACUCAUGAAAACUCAUGUGAAUUUUGGUGUGGCACACCAAACUUCUUUCCAUUGCUUUAUUUCCCUACAUAUUAGCCUGGAUAUCAAUUGCAGGGAAAUGGUUAUCCUGGUAAUUUCUCCGAUAUUGACGUUGAUGGUUAUCCUCUGGUAAUUUCGCCGAUAUUAACGUUGAUGGUUGUCUCUGGUAAUUUCGCCGAUAUUGACGUUUAUUGUUAUCUUUGGUAAUUUCGCCGAUAUUGACGUUGGUGGUUAUCUUUGCUACAUUUUAAAAGUUUUAAAAAGGUGCAAAUGUGUUGCAUCUCCGAAACAUCUGCUCACUCGGCCACGACUCUGUGUUGUCAUCGUUGUUUCUUAGUUGUGCAUGUACCCAGCUGCAAUAGUGUAGCCCUCUCCGAUUAUUUUUUUUUUUUUGAUCUGAUGUUUUCGGGAGAGGACUACAAUUCCAAAGGAUCUUCAUAAUGGUGCAAACUAUUUUUAUGAAUUAACUAUAAUAAGCUCCGUGUAUUUGUCUCUAACGCCGUUUACACCAAGAAGAGUACCAACUUCGCGCUUGGGCAUGUCUAAUAAAUGUGUUUUUCAUUAGAUAUCACGUACAAUGUGCAGAAUUCCUCUCCUGUUCCGUCGUACAAGCAAGCAAUCAAGCAUGGCUUUAUUCUCAUAAAUGUGCAUAAAAUUUAUGUAUAAAGUGGAAAAACAUUAAUUCAACAAAUGAACAUUAUUACGAGACCAAGUUUUAUCCUAAUGAGAUUAUUAAAGCUACGUAAGGUCCACAUUUGUCUUUACAACAAAUAGAAAUUUACAGGAAAUUUUACGCAGUGCAAGAUUUGUUGAUGUAAAUAGUAUGUGGGAUUUUAUGAUAUUUGGAUUCUUUCUUAAAUUUUCAGACAAUGAAGAUUUUCUGACAAUUGCUAUAUCAUGUUGUGUACACUCAAAAAUGUAAUGAUAUUCGUCUCCUACUUUGUUUUAAUCACAUGAAUAACAGAAACGUCUACUUCCAGGGGUAUUAUUGUAUCUUCCUUACUCAAUGGGUAGUUUGAAAUUAUUGCAUCUAAAUUUACAUAACAUUAGUGUGUAUGCUUGUUAUCGCGAGAUCUCGUAAUUGACGUUCAGGGCGAAAAUGUAGUCGUUCAAUACGGACUCGAGCCAUUCCGACAAAUUUUAUUACAGAAAAAUAUAUGAUCAUUUUUUAUACACAUGCAUGUAUUACCUUCUAAUUAGACAUUUCUUUUGGAUAUGUUAGGUAAAUAAUGAAUAUUGAAAUCCUUCAAUAUUAUUAUCUACAUAAUGUAAUGUGCAAAUCUUGUUAUCGAAAUUUCGUUCUGUCUAAAUUGCUUCUACAUUUAUAACAUUUCUAUCAGGUUUUCCGUUUAUCACGAAGAUCGUGUUUUGUGUUUAUCAGGCCUAUCAUAAGAUCGUUUAUAGGAUAUUGCGUUUAUCGCAAUGAUCGUUUAUAGUGUUUUGCGUUGAUCAGGUUUAUCUUGAAGAUCGUUUAUCAGGUUUUGCGAUCAUCGUGAAGAUCAUUUAUCGUGUUUUGCUUUUAUCAGGUUUAUCGUGUAUCCUAUCCCAUCGUGCGUUCAUCGUGUUCUAUCGUUUAUCAUGUCAAGAAUAACGUUGCGGAUACCAGAUCAAAUAUAACAAGGUCUUCCCAAAAAGAAUCUAUAUGCAAAAUAUGAAAGCCUUUACUAAAAUUGUUCCGAAUAAACUUAUUAGGUUAUAUGUUCUUUAAGUGGGUCAAACUACGAGUUUAAGGUUAAAGAAUAUGAUAUCAUAUGAAAGGUCUUUCCAUAAGAAAUUUAUGUACAAGAUAUGAAAGAUAUACCUUAAUUAGUUCAUGUUGAAUAGAUCAUAAUUGUAUUAAAACUAAGUCAAACUUCUAGGGCAUGGUCACAAAAUUCCACACCAUUGCAUCAUAUGAAAAGGUCGUACCGUAAAAGAUGUAUAUACAAAAUAUGAAAGCUUUAGCUUAAAUAGUUCAAGAGAUAUGUUUUCAAAGAUUUUUCUUAGAUAUAUCAGCUUAUAAAACUUUUAUCCUCUACUGUGGCCCCAACUUACAUGUACCCCUGGGGACCAUGGUUUGAAAAAAAAACUACUCUAUGUCAGGAAGCUUUCAAGUAAAUUUCCACUUUUCUGACCCAAUGGUUCUUGAGAAGAAAUUAUGUUAUCUCAUACUACUUCCGGGAUCAUAUGAGAUGCUUUUUGCACAUUUCCAAAUCAGAGUGUUGUUGUCCAAUGUAGUGUGUGGACGUGGUCCCAAUCGCUACCUUACAAGGGGAUAAGUUAUUUCUACGAGGUAGCAGUAAUGUUAGGCUUGAAGAAUAUUUUUUCUUCUUAUCAUUUAUGUAUUUUACAUGAGCGACAUAUAU